AUACGUGUUCCGUCAUUUGUGUCCCUUACUUCCUGUUACUGAUAUUUAUUUAGAUUGCGUCGGUGUGACAACGGAAAUAAAAGUAGAUGGCGUUUUGGAGGAUCUGCGGAAAGGGCGACCCUUUCCGAUUAAAGCCACUGCCUAUGAAAAAUGUUAGCGACCCAAAAGUUUUAGAAAGAUCUCCCUCUCUCUCUUUCUAGAUUCUUGAGAUUUGUUCCUCGGUUUCUCUCUCUACUCUCUCUCUCUCUGUAUCGGAGACUUCAGAUUCACUGAGAUUUGGUUUGGUUCAGAUGAAUUGUCUUCAGUUUCUCCCAAGGUCCUCUGCUUUGCCUCUGCAAAGCUUCAAAGCCUAUGCAAGAAAGUCUUCAUCUAGUGUCAGUACACUGGGUGUGAUGAAUGCCUCUGAUCUUCCCCCUAUUGUUAUCGUAAAGGCAGUUUCUGGUUCUACAUCCAGCACUGAAAUGAGCAAUGCCAAUGUUGACGAGGAAAAAUCUGAAAUAUAUAGUAACACUAUGACUGAAGCUAUGGGUGCUGUCUUGACCUAUAGGCAUGAACUAGGAAUGAACUACAAUUUCAUCCGUCCAGAUCUGAUUGUGGGCUCAUGCCUACAGACGCCUGAAGAUGUUGACAAGCUUCGCAAUGUAGGAGUGAAAACUAUAUUUUGCUUGCAACAAGAUCCAGAUCUAGAAUAUUUUGGGGUUGAUAUCACUGCAAUUCGUGAAUAUGCCAACACAUAUGAUGACAUUCAACACUUGCGUGCUGCAAUAAGGGAUUUCGAUGGAUUUGAUUUGCGAAUGCGUCUUCCAGCUGUGGUGAGCAAAUUACACAAGGCCAUUAAUCAAAAUGGGGGUGUAACUUACAUACAUUGCACAGCUGGACUAGGAAGAGCUCCUGCAGUUGCAUUGGCAUACAUGUUUUGGGUUCAAGGCUACAAGCUAAGCGAAGGCAACAGUGUACUACUGAGCAAGCGCCCAUCCUUCCCAAAACUGGAUGCUAUAAAAAGUGCUACUGCUGAUAUUCUUACAGGCCUAAGAAAGAAGCUUGUCACUUUGACAUGGAAAGGUAGCGAUUGUUCCACCGUCGAGGUCUCUGGACUGGAUAUUGGGUGGGGUCAGAGGACACCUAUGAAAUUUGACAAGGAACAAGGUUUGUGGAUUCUCCAGAGGGAAUUGCCAGAAGGAUGCUAUGAAUACAAGUAUAUUGUUGAUGGGGAAUGGACCUACAAUAGUUCUGAGCUUGUAACUCCUGUCAGCAAAGAUGGCCAUGUCAACAACUAUGUCCAGUUGCAUUUUGAUAUGGAUAUGGAACUUGAGACUGAUUGUGCUUGGAAGCCAAAACAGGGAAUGACAUUUGAUUCAGAACAAUACUUUUGGUUUUCAACAAGGAGAGAUUUCGGAAGGUCGACAAACGAGACCCAUUGGCAAAAAACCCUGGAGCUGAAACUAGGACUAGUUGUGAGGCUUGACUUUAUGUUAAAUUAGAUGAAGGUAUUGAGAAAUUGGUUGUGACUGAUUUCAAAGAAAAACACAACCAUGAUCUUGUAUCACCCCGAGUGUGCCCGUAUGUUGCCGUCACAAAAAAAGAUAUCAGCUACCCAAGCAAUUGAGUUAGAUUUGGCGGCACAAUCUGGUUUUCGUUUAGGCCAGUCUUUUGAACUCAUGGGUAGGGAAGCUGGUGAGAUGCAAUGUCUUGGAUUUACGAAAUUAGAUCAAACAAAUUAUUU